CAACCACUCAUACCACGUCGUCGCUCGCUUGAAUUCUUUGUGCUCUACAUGCUUCACUUGAAUCCUUCUCCAACGCAUCCUGAUGACAUCUGACACUGCAGCCACCGCGCAUAAGUGAAGACACGUCUUCGCUUACCGACUACCUCACUGUUCCAAUGAUGCUCUUCCCCGUCAGCCAUGAAGCUAGGAAUUCCAUCCUCUGCCGCCGCCUUCACGCUACUAGCCCUAGACUCAUCGUCAUCGACAUCGACAAUGGCUAUCUGAGCGCAUAUCGCUAAUGCCGGGAAAACACAGUCAUGUCUGAUCCUGUCUCUGCCGAAAGUGAGACUGUCCUGCCUCCACCUGCGCCGCCGCUCCCCCCCAGUCGGUUGGGUCAAUUGCAAAGAAUCAUUGCACCUUGGGGAAAACAUAUUGGCUCAAAAUCGCGUGGCGGCCCAGCGCAAGGCGACGGUGAUCGUGGUCUACGUCGAAUCAGUGGCUCACACAACUACAGUUCCCUACCCUCCCAGACAGCCACCCAUCGUACAGGCAUACCGAUUGCUGCGCUCGAUAUAAAUCAGUCCGGGACACAUGCGAUCCUCGCCGGAAAGGAGAUCCUCAAGACUGUCCACGUCCACGAAGGAAAAGUGACUGAGGAUCUGAAUCUUCGGGCCUCCAUCAAUUCAUAUUCCUCCGCCCAUACGACGCCUCAGUUUGACUGGGCGGCAAGACGCAGGGACUUCCUGCCAGCAAGAGAUGUGCGAUGGUCUACCGGAAAUUGGGCCCAUGUCGUUGCCACAGCCGCCACAAAUGGCCGCGUUGCACUCUAUGACUUGAAUGCCCCGGGCCCAAGAAUUGAGUUGGCAUGGCUGCAUGAACAUACUGGCCAGAUCAACAAACUGGACUUUGAUCCUCAUGCCGGCUACCUGUUGCUGUCAGCAUCCCAAGACAAGUCGGUAAAAUUAUGGGAUAUGCGAGAGCCAAAACCAGAGAAGUCUCGACAGCGCUUUGAUGUGCGUAGCGCUGUAAGGGACGUUCGUUGGUCACCGCUUGAGCCCUUUGAUUUCGCCGUCUGCGCUGAUGGUGGCAUUGUCCAGAAGUGGGAUGCUCGAUCUCCCACAGGACCAAAGUUGAGUAUCAAUGGCCACGAGAAGGCAUGCUACUGUCUCGAUUGGCACCCAGAUGGCCGCCAUGUGGUUUCUGGAGGCUUUGACAAGUUCGUUCGAGUAUGGGAUUUUCAAAGCGACAACAGACGGCAAAAGCCAGUCUUACAGUUUCGGGCACCGCAUGCAAUCAGGAAUAUCAGAUGGAGACCUCCAUGUAGGGAAACAGAGUCCGCAGCGAACCAGUGCCAGAGCACUCAGGUCGCGGUGUCGUAUUACCACGACGAUCCACGACUUCAUAUCUGGGAUCUCAGGCGGCCUCUGCUUCCCUUUCGGGAGCUUGACAGAUAUGCUACACCUGCCAAUGACCUCCUGUGGGCGGAUCAAGAUUUGCUUUGGACGGUUGGGGACGAAGGAGUCUUCACCCAAUGGGACGUGAAACAUGCAACUCCUCUGUAUAAUCAGCUCCCCCCUGGUGCCUCGAUGUUCAUGCCAGAUGGACAGUACUACACAUUUACUGAAGACAGAGAACCCUGCUACGCACCUGGAUUAGAUGAUGCCGCCUUGGGAUUUCUGAGCAUUCCUCCGGAUAAAUUGAGCGGCGGGGAGGACGCUGCAGUCAGUCGCAGUUUUACGGAUGAUGAAGCUAGUCAAGAGCCAACCAGUGGGAGAAAAAUACGACGUCGUGGUCGAAAUACCACGUCGUCAAAAUCUAUGAGAUCGCUCGCUAAUAGUCCCCCUUCCCUGGACGACAAGCCGCACGUGCUGUCAUUGGAUCGCACAGUCAUUGAUCGUCAAGACCUUUUUAGCAACGAACAGGUGGGUGCUUCAGGCUACAUUCCUGGUGUAGCCGCAGAGCCCGAGGUUGUGGAGUAUCUGGCCUCGAACUGGGCGGCUCCGGCCACAGAAGACGAAAGAAAACAUUGUCCGGAUACCAUUCUUCCUCGACUGGAGGACGCCUUCAUUCAGAAUGCGAGGGCAUGUGACGCGGUGUCCAUGCACCGUAUGGCACAGUCUUGGAGAAUCCUAGCCGCCGUCAUCAUUCCAGAACUGAAAGACUGGGCGGACAGCAAUCGGGCCAAACGAAGGGCGGAUGCAGCCAGAAGACGGCAAAAUCUGGAGAACUUUCGUUCAGGGACGACAAAGCCCGGGCUUUCUCCGCUAGCAGGAUUGCCCACUAGAAAGGGUGACCAUAAGUCCCAUACGCUCAUAAGCAGCUUGUUCAAGUCAUCUGAACGAAAACAUCUGGGCAGUGAGAUGGAUAGUACUUCGAACAUGACCACUCCUCUCGCUAAGCCUUUGCCAGACACGCCUCCUUCCGAGCGGAAAAGAUGGAGUCACUCUAGCAGUGAUGAUAGUAUUGAUGAAAUCGCACCGCUGCCCCCUUCUAUCUUGAACUCGCAUUCAACCGCGGCCGCCGCUUCUCGGGCUCUUCUUGACAGUCCGGGACGAGUGAACAAAUCUACGCCUUCAUCACCCGAAACUUUGAGGUCCAAACAGCCUAACACACCCCAGCCGAAUACUAAACCCGCGCCCGCCUCUCAGUCCUUCGUCCAGGGCAGCGCACGAGCCCCAAUUGAUGUUGCAGCAACGCGCGCUCUGGCACAAGAAAACCAGACACAAGAACAACGAAGAGCAGCUUUGAAGAAUUAUCGGGUCCAGGCUAGACCCAUAUUUUCGCUGGAAGAUAGAGCGCAUAAGCCGGCAUCAGAGGCGCACCCCGACUCAGGGGACAGCUUUGCCAUGUUCUCGGCGUCGACAGAUAGCUCACACAAAGCCCGGUCUUUGGGACUUUCUGCUGACUCGCCUCGGAGUGGUACUAGGCCUCCUGUUCAACGUGGAGAGUUCGAGUUCGAAGACGAUUCAGAUCAUUCUUCCCUCGGAGACACGAAGAUGAAGCGGCCUCAUUUGCAACAUGGGCCAAGCGAUCGAUCCGAGGGGCAGGAAAGCCGGGUCUCAGAUAUCGAGACUCCAUUGGAUAUGAGCUUUGACCAAAAUCGAUUAGACCGCAAUGCCCUUGAGUUGCAUAUGCACAAUGACAAGUCAGUAUGGCAACCUGACUCUCACUCUGGACCUGGGCAUGGCUUUGAACCCGAGACCGGGCCUGAGCAUAGCAUGAAGUCCGCAUCUCACGUCGACACCAAUAUCUCUUCUUCACUAGAAGCGGUCUCUUUUGAGGAUCAUCUACCACUUUCGAAACCACAAAUAUACACUUCCAACCCAAUGCGCCUAAAAUCUCCUGAGUCCAUCGAUUUUCGCCAUGUCCAAAGACAGAACGAAUUGUUUCACACCAUAACUAUGGAUGAACUUGACAGUGAGACAUACCUCUACCAGGAUUUUCGGCCCAUCGAUCUAUCACAUUAUGAACCAAGGCUUCCUUUUGCGUGGUCAGCACUACCUUUGAUCUGCCAUAGCAUCGCAUUCGACAUGGAAAACGGGAUUGGACAUUGCCAAUUUGCGGCACAUCUCUUGAUGCAUGUCCAUCCGUACUUUUUCCACCCGGAAUUCCGAAAAUCCACGAAAGCUGAUGGAUACGAAGCAAACAGCCUCGUGGACAGGUUGAUGACGCCACGCCUUGGGCAUAGGAUUAUUGAAGGCAUUUUGGAGGAUCAUGUGUUGUUCUUGGGACAAAUCGACUUGUUUGCAUCGGCGGCGCUGAUACGAAAGCAGGCCGUGGAAUUGAGUUAUUCCAGACUCUACAGUAUGACAAAGGCUAACAAGCAGGCCAACGGUAGUCUUACCAAUGGAGAUGCUAGGAGCUUGUCAAUAGCCUGCAGGCAUUGUCAGAUGCACAUGGCAAUCGGCCAGGGAGUCUGUGAGCGGUGUCAGCUGGCAAGGUCUGUAUGUCCAGUCUGCCUGUCAUUAAGGCAAGAGGCUGUCGGUGACCGAGAGUCAUCGGGUGACAAGAGGCAUCUCUUAGGGCGAAGUCAAGACUUUUGGUGCUUUUGUCAGGCAUGCGGACACUCAGGGCAUGCGUCUUGCAUAAGCGAGUGGUUUGCUCAACCCUUCAGUGAAGGUACAUGCCCUAGCCAAGGCUGUAGCUGCGACUGCGGCCCCGGCAUGACCAGGCAGCUUCGUAUACAGCAACAGAUAAAGCGCGACGAGGAAGCAAAACUCAUUCGCGGGUUUGGGUCUGGGCGGGUGUCUACUAAGCGUGAUCCUCUUCGAGCGUCAGCCAGCCCAGCAGUUGACAAAGCACGAGCUGCACUUCGGUCCACCAUGGAAAGCGAGAAAGCCACGCAGAGCAGUGAUGAACGGAGUUUCAGCGGGAAGCGUGAGAGUAGUCGUGCUGGCGUGUCAGGCUUCAGCACCUCGCGCAAGAGUGUACGAUUGGUCACCCCAGGCGAAGAAUAUGGGCAGUCCCAUUCCAAGUCUUGAGGAAACACACCAGGGCAUGAGCACUAUUACCAUACGGUGUACAAAGAAAGCACUUGCACCCGCUGACGGUGCAAAACGAAUUCACGAGCUGAUGCGGAUCCUCAAGUGAAACCACCAACUACAGAUAUGCCGACUGGGGUUGCUAGUGCUGAACGCCACUCAGCACACGAUUGCCUCUUGUAACGAAAUAGGGAAUGCCACCGGUUUUGUCGAAUGCACCUUUACUUGGAACGACUUUUCCCAACAGGCGGCUCUUGAUGCAGUGCAGACUCCUAACAAAAUGCCUGUCGCUUGUAUAGCUCGUGUUCAGCGGGAGUGACCCGGUAUAUGUUUUGUGGCAUGACUCUUGAGUGGUGCCCAGAGUCCGUAGCCGAGCAGAACACUGCAAGCCACCGGACUUUGAUGCAUGCACCAGAUUGUAUAUUCCGAAUUGUUUACCAAUCAAUUGUACAAUACUUGGGGUGUCGAAGGUUGCCCCUCCAUAGUGGAAAGGACAGCAGCAAGAAAGAGAGACAAGGUGGGUGUGACAACGAGUUCCCCGCUACUUGGCCCAACAAGUCUUCCCUAUACUCGCAAUCACUACUUGACCUACUUUGCAACAAAUGUCCGGUUGUACCGCAUAUUGAGGCGCCGAGUGCUAGCGGAGUUCCAUGGAUCAAAUCCGCAUCAACCAAGACGGUGAAAUUACUGCACUAUACGGAGUACAUCGUAACCGGCAAACAUCAACACUGCAACCUUGCUCAUGGCAGAGUACCUCCAGUAGGAAGUCUUGGGUGGUCAGAGAUAAAAAUAAAUACCCACUGGUCGAUGUCCAAU